AUAUUGUAUUUUGUGUUCUCUUAUUGUAUGAUAGUAUUCUGAACCUAUCAUUAUCAUUAUUAUGGUUUCUUAAGCGCUGGUGAUGACAUUUUUUGUAUUUCAUGCAAUGAUGCCAAUGAACUGAAGGCUUAUGAAGCCAUAGCUUGAACAUUAUUCAUUGCAUGCUUGAGGCGGAUCCUGAGUGUACUUUGUGUUUAAAUGGCUGCUGUCGAGGAAUCAGAAGAAACUCUUUCUGCCGUAGAUGAAGCAUAUAGACUCCUCAAGAAUAACUUUAAAGCUUUAUUGGAUUUAACAGAGCCAGAUGAGAUGUGUGAUGAGUUAUACUCCGCUAAUAUAUUGAGUGACGAAGAAGCGCGCGAGUUUGUCUUUAGUAAAAGUCCGUUAAAAGACAGGAAAAGAAGGCUACUGUACACAGCACUCCAGAAGAUAAAAGGAUGUCGUGAGCACAUUGAAUCCUUCCUUGUAACUUUGGAAAAAGUUGAUUCAGAAUUAGUACAGAAACUGUGUGGGCAGAUAAGAGAGAUAAUGAAGGGCACUGAUCAGUAUGACCAGAUAAAGCUUCAGAAAUUUAAGAGAGAAUUAUCAGCCCUAUAUAACUGUACUUUACAAUCUGAUGAAAAUAUUGAUGCUAAGUAUACGGUCAUAAGAGAGUGCGUCACAUCAUUUUUCAAGAGCCAGUUUGAAAGUUCUGUUUCAAAAUCUCAGCUGCAAGAACUGUUGAACAGACUUUGUUAUAAGGAAAUGAUAAUCCCAGCUGAUCUCUACUCCUGGUCUUUUGCGAUGUUAGAAGAAAUCACUCGUACUUCUGAUGCUUCUGUUGCAAUUAAUGAAGCUAUAAUACCUCCACAAGCUGACAAAAAGCUAUUUUCUGAAGCAAUAGUUCAUAAUUGCUUGAUAUUAUGCUGUCUUGUUGUGCAUAAAGAUGGCAAGAAAUAUUUAGAUAGCAUUAUUCAUGAUUUUGAUGAGUUGUCUGUAUCAAAGCCACAAGAUCCAAAAUUGGAGCGUUAUGUUAUAGCGAAACGGGAAAAAGAUAAAGAGCUUUAUAUUGGCUUCUUAGGUGAGCCUGAUCUUGAGAUAUGGCAGGAAAGUGGCAUUAUCAGUGAAGGUAUUACAAAGCAAACCGAUCAUUUUCCAGUUCGUUUUUUUGUUGAACAAAUACAAGAUGGUUAUUCUAUUAUAUUUACUGGAUUUGAAUUUGGUGGUCUGUUGGCACUCUCUGUGUAUGCUUCAGUAUGGAAGCAGACAUGUCUUAGCAUUAGUAAUCUUUCACAGAGUACAAUGUGUGUCACGUUUGGUGUGCCACUGGUUCCACUCAAAGCAGACAAAAUUUUAGAUGAGUGUCAUACUGAGAUGAAAGAAAAUAGCCACAUUUUUCAGCUGCAAGGAGAUUAUGUGUCAAGGCUAUUACAAUUUGAUGAUAUUACCAAUGGAGUAAAAGAUCAUGACAAAUUAUCUGGAAAAAUUGGGGCUGUAAUUGUUGGUCAUCUCCUUAAAUGCCAAGCAGCAGUGAAAAAGAAUAAAAGUGCUGAUUUCGAAAAUCCUUUGUCUGAAUUAAAGAUUGUUCUUUCUGAUGACCAUUUGACAAAACCUCGAGAUGUUAAACUUCUUGGAACAUAUCAUUAUAUUCAUUCAGCAAUGGUCUCUCAAGUAUCAUCAGAAAGAGCUCAAGAAAUUUUAAAAAUUCCAAGUGCAGCAGAGCUCGAUAAAAUUCCCAAAAAUAGCAACAUCAUGGACGAGCAUUCCAUAGAGAAGUACAAUGAUUGUCUUAAGAAGUUCUAUUUUCGUACUAAGAACCCACCAUCUGCUGCUGCUAAUGCUGUAUCUCUUUUGAAGCCUGAUGUUUCCUCAGUAACAUUCUAUCGCCAUGGAGAUGAAAUUGCACUUGUGCUACAGGGACAAAACCUCUGGUUUUGCUCUAAAAUUUGCAUAAAUGGCAAAAACCACAUAACUAUUGAUCAUCUUGAAGCAGAUGCUAUCAAUAGAUCAGUUCGUUUUAACUACACUCCUAAGAAUGAAAAGGAUUUGAUUAUUGAGAGGCAUACUGAAACAGUUGAUAUUCUUCUGUACAGCCACUUUGCCAGUCCAAUAAAACGUAAAGUAUCUGUGAAAUGUAUGGGUGAAUAUCAUAUAUCAUAUCGCCAGCGACAACUUGCUAUAUGUACUCCUGGUGAAGUCAUUACUUUGAGUUUUCUGACUGCUUUACUGGAGUGUACUUCAGAUGGUGUAGCGUCAAAACGCUACAAAACCAUAUGCAGGUUUUUAGAAGCAGCAGCACGAAUAGUUCCAAUUGAAAGCAUUUGUUAUACCAUUGCUAAUUCGCCUCAAGAGAUUGCAUGGAAAUGCACUGAAGCAUUUUUUUCUAUUGAUCCACCUCCUCCUUCCAUUGAAUUAGCAGCUGGUUUGGAAAUAGCAUAUAUGAAUUUGGCUGUUGGCUCUGAUCCUGCAUUUUUGGACCAUUUGCAGCGUCAUUGUCUUCAGGUUAUUAGCCAAAUGAGUUCUUCUGGUAAACCUAUUCCUUCUGUUCUAAAUGUGCAUGUACCGGUACCUGUGCCAAGGUCAUUUUCUGAAGUUGUCCAAAGUAAUCCUGUGAGGCUUCAUCAGAAUCCACUUCAACCCUUGGACAGAAGCACUCUUCUUGCCAUGAUGAAUAAGCUCCGAGAAACAGCAAAAAAAUAUUGUGUGGAUAACAGUUUCAAGACAACCCUGCGAGUAAUAAGUGGAGCUAAUGUUAGAGAGCUGUUUGCAACCAGAGUUGAUGGAAAAGGUAGCAAGCUUCUUUCUCCAAUUGAUGUUUUAAAAAUGGGGCGGAAAAAAUUAGAUGCUCUGAAAGCUGAAGAAUUAGAAAAUGAUAUUUUUCGUGUUUUAGAUAAAUCUAGUGAAGAAGCAAAAAAGUAUUAUAAUGAAGAAAUGCUCAAAAUUAUACAAAAUAUCUGUAAUGAUGAGCUCCUAAUCUGUACACUAUUACUGGGAGGCUUUAUGGAGCAGCGAAUUAGAGUGCCUUUAGUAGAUUCACCUUUGGAAACCGCUCACAUUCUUCAAACCACAGAAGCACCACCAGCUGUUGGAGUUUGGGCUCUGUUUAGCUUAGGAAUGAUCGACUUUGAGAAAAUGUCUUCCAGUAAAAAGGGUAAAGCAAUGGUUGUGAAAGUGGAGAAGUACAUUAAGGGAAUUUUUACAAAAUCUAACCAAGCAUCUGAUCAGCACUCAGAAUUUUAUGCUGGUAAACUGCAGUUUUUGUUGCAGUGUUUAAAAUCUAAUGAAACUGUUAGCUGCAAUACCAACUACAUCAGUUAUUCUCUUGAAACUCAACUUGCUGACUUGUGUUCCAGAAGAGACAUUAAACCAGCAACUAGUGUAAAAAUCCUAGUAAACAAAUGGGAUGAUUAUUUUAAGAAUAACCUUUUAUGUCAUGUUUUGCAGCAAUUUCGUCCUCUUGUUGCUCGCUGGAUCAUUUGGUGUCUAAAUAUUCAUCGUUUGAGAGAAGAAUUGGCUUCUCACACUACUGUGGGGAUUAUGGGCCUUAGUAACUCUGGGAAAUCAUGUCUUGUCAAAAAACUUUUCAGACAAAAAACUGCUGUUGGUUCAACUAGCAUGCAGCGUACUACUGUUUCCUUUCUGUAUAACUUAGAAGGCAUUGUUAAUGGUUUGAGUGUGAUUGAUUUUCCUGGAAUAGAUGAUGGAGAUAGUGGCGUGAUGCCUUCACAAUUAUUGUUACGCAUUCCUCAAUUAAUUGUGUUUGUUCUUGAUUUUAAGAGGUGGGAGACUAAUGCAGCCUUGAAGUGGAUACAUUUUUUUAAAAGUUCAGGAAUUCCUAUUUUGAUUUGUUUAAGUCAUGCUGAUAAGUUGUAUGCUAGUACAUGUAUUGGUGAUGAUGGAACAGAAAUUGUGUCUAAAGACAAUGCCAGACGUUUUUUACAGCAAGAAUUAGAGAAAUUACGGGAGAAACUUGAUCCUUUACCGAACUGGGAAAUGGGCUUUUAUUCUUUUUGUCAAGACAAAGAUUCAUCUCUUAAUUGUGAUCAAGGUCGUCAAGCUUUGUCUGAUGUUGGAAUCUUGUCAUGCAAUGAUGUUGGGGUGUGGAUAGAAAAGGAAUUACGGGAAUAUUUGAAAGAAGAAGGCCUUGCAGAACGCUGGAAGUAUUUUUUGGCAUCUGAAAAGAAAAAGGAUGAGAAUUCUAAACCAAAACAAGCUAAAACCCCCACAGUUGUUGAUGACUGUGCUACAGGACUGACAAGAGAUAUUGAUUUUUUGAAUGAGGACAAAGAUGCACAUAAAGCCAAAAGCUAUUCUACUCCAUUUGAAGCUUCUGAAGUUAUUAAGUUACUACGUCAUGCUAAAUUUGGAUUUACAAAAUCAUUUCAGCAUUUGCUGUCUGAACUUUGCAUCCCGACAGAUAAGAAAGAACAAUUAAAGAAAGAAGCAAAUUUUGAUAAUUAUGACUGUGAGUUUCCGACAGAAAAAGCCAUUGACUGGUGGAUAACAAAUAAGGAGGGGUCUUGGGAAGAUUUUUUGGAAGUAUUAAGGAAUUGCGAUGAGGUAACUGCUGCUUCGUAUAUCGAAAAAAGGCUUGUGUAACAAUUUUAACAAUGAAAAAUAAUUUUUAUAGUGACAUUAUGUAGUAUUAUAACCAUUGUGAUGAUUAUUUAUAUGAUUUUAUGAUUAAGAGUAAGCAUUUAAACAGUA